CAAUCAUCAUAUCGCAGAAUCUCGUUCGUUCGUAACAGGAAACCAAAAUGGAUCCUCUCACAUUUUCUACCGCCCCGAAAAUAACAAAUCUGGUUGUAGAUUCCGGUGGUUUCAUAAAGAAUCAUUUGCUUCAGGGCAUCUGCCAGAAUGUGUAUACAAUUCCUGAAGUUGUGAAUGAAAUAAAAGAUAAGGCAACAAAAGAGAGGUUGGCGUUUCUUCCAUAUAAGCUAAACUAUCGGGUACCGCCACCUGAAAUAAUCAAGAUAGUAACUGACUUCUCGAAACUCACUGGAGACUACCCAAGCUUAUCGGCAGUCGAUCUUAAGGUGAUUGCGCUUACUUACCUACUGGAAAAGGAAAAUGUGGGGACAAGUCAUCUACACAAGGAACCCAAGGCAACACAGAUUCUUCCACAUGGGAUGCAAAUGGACAGAACAGUUCUUCCGGGGCAUUUCCUAUCAUCUGGAGAGGACAAGAAGAGCGGCACACAUCACACUUCUGUGGAAUGCAUGAAUAACUGUAUUCAUGGGACAGAAAGCGAAGUAGAAGUUGAGAAAGAUAACAGUGACAGUCAAGGCAAUGAAGACACCACAGAGACAAAUGCAUAUCUCAGUGAUGAGGACAGUUCCUGGGUUACUCCUACAAAUAUAGAAGAUGUGAAGAGAGCAAUGGGAGAGCUGAGAGUGGAUGAUGCUGAGAUUCCAGUUGCAUGUCUUUCUACUGAUUUUGCGAUCCAAAAUGUGCUGAUACAAAUGGGCCUAAAGGCAACUUCAGUUGACGGGAUGAUGAUAAGGCGAGCGCAGACAUUCAUACUGCGUUGUCAUGCCUGCUUUGCGACGACUAAAAUAAUGACUAAAGAAUUCUGUCCCACAUGUGGCAACAGAACACUGAAGCGAGUUUCUGUCUCUCUUGAUGCUGAUGGAAAUACCACAUUGUUUAUCAACUUCAAAAAACCAAUCAAUAUUCGUGGAAAGCGGUUUUCUCUGCCAAUGCCCAAGGGAGGAAAGCAUGCUAACAAUCCUAUCCUGUGUGAAGAUCAACGUAUCCCACAAAACCGUCCUUCUAAGAUGGCACUGCGUAAAUUGGAUGCAUUGGACCCUGACUAUGUCACAAAUUCAUCACCCUUUAAAAUUAAUGAUGUAUACAGCCGUUCAGCACAUUUGGAUGUCAGGCUGCGUCACCGGGGUGCAAGGGACCCAAACACAUUCAGGAAGAAUACAGGCAAUCAUAAAAAGAGGAAAUAAAGCAGCGGGGAAAAAAAAAACCUUUUGGUUUGCCUUGUAACUUCACACACAUGUGUACUAUGUUUACCUAUAAAUGUAUUUGCUCAACUCUAAGGUGCAAUGCUUUCUGUAACUGCUUGACAUCUAGCUGUCCGACUGUGUUCAUUACAUUUGAGUAAAUAUGGCAUUAUGUAAUUUGUCCAUUUUUGCAGUCUGGCCAUUUGCCUGAGACAAUAGACAACGUUUACAUCAAAUAUUUUAUUUGUCUGUAGCACUGCCCCACAAGACUGUUAAAGGGACUCUGAACAGAUAUUAUAGUCUCUAGUGACUGUAUUACAUGACAGGGCACUUUUCCAUUGAUAUUGAUUCCACCAAUAAUGUCUACAAAAACAGGCAGACGAGCACUUCACUGCAGACAGUGUUGUUGGUAUCUUCGCUUGAGCUGCCUAAGCAACAUUACUGUACAUGUCACUUGUGCACGUUGUGCAGGCAUGCAGAGCUAUUUUCAACAAAAAAUUGUCUGCAUAAAAUGUGCAAGAUGGUGUCAUCAGAAUAUGUGCCAGAUGAAGUUGGCACACAAGAACCAUGAACUCUGCAGAAGCUAAGUUUAGGAAAUCCCUCAGAUCUGUAAAGCACAUAUUUGCUGCAUAUCAGAGUAUUUACUACACACUGGUUGCUGCGUUGAAUAUGAUGGCAUGACACUUAGUGGAAGUAUCCACACAAUUGUACAGAUGUACUGAACAAAAUCCCAGUUGUCACAAGGCAGGCAUAAUGCAAGCAACAAGUACAGACACACAAGAUCAUACAGGGGUUUUGCAACCGCUGUGCAGGCAGUAGUUUUGUAUAAACUACUCAUAGUUAUCUGAAGUAUCCAAUAUUAAACGAAGUUGCAACCAAUGAAAGCCCAGCCAUUCUUGCCCUGGUCUACUGAAUAUCUUGCAUGCCUGAAAUUUACACUAUCCCUCUUUAAAGGGGUCACAUAUUCAACCUUCAUUCUGGAGGCACAAAGCUGUACUUCUAGACCAUAUAGCAAGAUACUGAAGUUGAAUGUGCAGAAACUGAGUACAAUAAAUACAUGUUUUUAACCUGG